CUGCUUCUUUUGAAAGACGUGAACAGCCAGGAAAUGCAAAGUGGAAAUCAGACUUCAGUGUCUCACUUCGUUUUGGUGGGCCUGCACCACCCACCGCAGCUGGGCGUGCCGCUCUUCCUAGCCUUUCUCGUCAUCUAUGCCCUCACUGUCUCCGGCAAUGGGCUCAUCAUCCUCACGGUGCUGGUGGACAGCCGGCUCCACCGCCCCAUGUACUGGUUCCUAUGUCACCUCUCCUUCUUGGACAUGACCAUUUCCUCUGCCAUUGUCCCCAAGAUGCUGUCUGGCUUUCUCUUGGAUAGUAGGGUUAUCUCCUUUGGUGGCUGUGUAAUCCAACUUUUUUCUUUCCAUUUUCUUGGCUGCACUGAAUGCUUCCUCUACACGCUCAUGGCUUAUGAUCGUUUCCUGGCCAUUUGUAAGCCCUUGCAUUAUGCCACCAUCAUGACCCAUAGCAUGUGUAACUACCUGGCUGUUGGCACCUGGCUGGGAGGCACCCUCCAUUCACUUUUCCAAACAAGCUUCAUGUUUCGUCUGCCCUUUUGUGGUCCCAACCGGGUAGACUACUUCUUCUGUGACAUUCCUGCCAUGCUACGUCUAGCCUGUGCUGACACCACCAUCAAUGAGCUGGUCACCUUUGUGGACAUUGGAUUCCUGGCCCUCACCUGUUUUGUGCUUAUCCUCACUUCUUAUGGUUACAUAGUGGCUGCCAUCCUGCGAAUCCAGUCUGCCGAUGGGCGCCGCAAUGCCUCCUCGACCUGUGCCGCCCACCUCACUGUUGUCAUGGUUUACUACGUGCCCUGCACCUUCAUUUACCUUCGUCCUGGCUCACAGGAACCCCUGGAUGGAUUGGUAGCUGUCUUCUAUACUGUCAUCACUCCCUUGCUCAAUCCCGUCAUCUACACACUCCGCAACAAGGAGAUGAAGGCAGCGCUAUGGAGGCUGGGAGGGCGCAAGGAUGUUCGGCUUCACUGA